AUGUCACAUGGUGCUCAUGCUACUGGUCUGGUAUUGCUGAUCUUCCUGCACCGUAUGGUACCGUCCCGGCACGACGAUGAGCAUGAAAGGAUGGAGCGGAGAGAACGGGAUAAACAAGCCCGUGCCCAACUGCAGGCCGAACGGGAACCGGAACCAACAGCACCACUAUUCGCAGCACCGGUUAAAGUGCAAAGCCCAUCCGAUAUGGAUAUGCACAUCGCACAGCGACUCGGUAGUUUCGAGGCAGUUAAGAAGCAUAUUAUGGAACCGCACACGUCGUAUCAAGUGAUCGGUAUCGCGCCUACCCCUUCAACGCCCCUACGUCCCUCCAGCGUGAUGCCCAGCCUGGUCUCUGGCAGCCACCAUCGGUCGCUUGCACCAAAAACCAAUAGCAAUAGUAGUAGUACCAUUAGCAAUAGUAUCGCCAACUUCGUCAAACCGGCCGACAAUCGCUCGAUGUACAAUGGACGACCAUCGUCGUUGUCGGGAUCGAGCGCAGGACGAAACAAUCUACCAGUACAUUACUCAUCCUCGACUUCCUCGUCUUCUUCCGCACCCGGGUCGUUCAACAAACACGAGGUACAUGGAGCCUCAUCAAAAGGACCGCCUUUAUCCGUACCACCUUCAGUAAUGAACGGGCGAGCAUCGUCCGGAGGGAAUAUUGGCAGUAGUAGCGGUGGAACAGGUGGCCCAUCCUUCGGCAGUGAUAAGUUACCCUCGCAAAUGUCCAACGGUCGACUGCCCCAGGUUGCAAAUGCAAAAAUGCCUAGAGUAAACUCAAGUGAUAUUUCAACUCCGCUCAAACAGGGCAGCAACGUUGAGAAAAUACUGCACGAGAUGAAGAAGAACAUCUUGACACCGCUGACGGAGAUCGGGGCCACGCCGCGAAAAGAGCUGGAAUCGAAGUUUAACUUCAACAACCCGAGCGCAAACAAGAGGCACGUUUAUGCUACACCGGGGUUUUUGGAGCCGUUAGUGGAAGGUGCCACGAAAACGUCCCUUUCCGGAUUAGCGAUGCUUCGUCCACUAGGUUCAAACAUAGAGGACGACAAUCAGAACAACGGUUCGGAUAGUGAUGAUGGAGGUGAUGGUGAAUCAAAGAAACGAAAUUCUAGUGAUACCUCAUCGAACGAAAGUGCAGAGGAAUCUUCGAGCGAGGACUCCAACAUUGGCAAUAAACGGGGUGGAAGCAUUCCCAUUUCCAGUGUUCCAAUGAGCGGAGAAGUGAAUGGAAAUGUUGGAAACGUAGUGGGAGUGGAAGGGGUGGCUGGAUCGGCUGGAACAGGAGGUAGUAGCGCUGGUGGGAACAGCAGUCCUGUGAGGAGACCGAGCGAUUGGUCGCUUUUAAAUUUCCUCAAGCAACCUACCAGCAGUAGUCAACAAGUGCCAACAAGCGAAAGUGCCCCCCAUAUUGGUGGUGCCACCGGGGACCGUUUUGGUUCGCUUCACCAUCACCAACAUCAACACCAUAGUCUGCAGCGGGCGCUCGAGGAAAAUUCCAUAUCAUCUCCAUUGCGGCCGCAACGAUUAAGCGGUGUAAGUGACAGUGUACCCUGUACGCUCGCUUCUCCUAUCGCGGAUGGACGAUCCGGUGCGCCGGUAAAAAAUGAACCCCUACCACCGUUGGACGAUGAUCACUUGUCAAACGCAAGCAGUAGUGCAAGCAAUGGCGAACUGCCUGCCAGCACGGGUAUAUCUUCGUCCGGUACCAUUGCAUCAUCCUCGUCGUCAUCGUAUGUGAAACAGGAACCGUAUCCCAGCGAAAAUAGUGCCUCGCCUACUCACGGUAUCAAAAGUGAGCUAAAGGAUGACAGCGCCGACCGGUUAUCGUUGUGUAGUCCCACGAAAAGUCCGGAUCUACAGCAUCACCCGGUUGGUAGUUUCAAUCUCCACCAUCGUCAGCAACAGCACUUGUUCGGCGAUAAUAUCGUCGAGCAGGAAGAUGUGAUAUGUGCCCUACAGGAAGCCAAAGAGUUUAGCCUGAUCAAGCCUAUCUCAAGCAUGUCCGAUUCCGAUUCGGAUGACGCAGAUAUACCUAAUAUGGUUGGUGGAGAUCAUGAGCAGCAUCGUGUGAACCUGCAUCACGUUAACGCGCAUACAGCUCAUCAGCCUGAAGGUGAUACUGUUGCGCCUGGAAAUGGUAUAGCACUAGUAUCGGCCACAUCUAACAUUACGAAGAAGAAAAAGUGGAAACGUAAGCUAAUUGCCGGUUCCGGCAAUGAACGUGAAACUCGCGAUAGUUCUACGAGUAGCAGCGAAGACGAACGAUAUGGUGCUACGAGACGGAGUCGAUCGCAGUCCUUUGAGAAGGAUAAAACACAUCUAAAAGCACGGGGACGGGCGCGUAAAGGGCACAAUACUCAUAGUAGCGGUGGAGGCGGUGGAGGCACUACGAGUGCCGCAUCCAGUGCUCGUUAUUCAGAUGCGGACUCGAUAGCAAGUGGUGGUGGGCAUCGGUCUAGCAAAACAUCAUCACAUGGAUCGACACCAACGAAAAAGGGUGGUAACUCGUCGGUGGGUAACUCCAUGGCGUACGGUCACGCAGUAGGUGAUACAGGUGGAGUUACGGGUAUAAUGAGCCCUCCGAUUAGCAUACCAUGUGUGGAUAGAAUUGUGAUGUCAAAAAAGGUAACCUCCCGCAAAUCACGCAAAUCCUCAAGAAUUUGCAGCAGCGAAACCGUACUUUCUACUGGAAGCAGUUCCUCGUCGUCUGGUUCGUCUAUUGAAGCCGGGGCAGGAGCAUCCUCAGCAGAUUCUGGCGAUUCAGAUUCCGGUAAUGAACGAUCUACACCAGCGCCAGUUGAAAUUUGUCCUGUUGUGCCAGCGGUGAAGACAAAGAAGCAUAAAUCAAAGAAAAAGCACGAUAAAACGAUAGCAGUAGACGUUCCAACGACCAACAUAUCGGCAGUCAAGGGAAAUAAAGCGAUUGCUGGUGAAAUUGCAAUAAAACAUGGAACUAGUAAUGGCAGCGGAAGCAGUCGGAGUAACAAUAACUUCAACCUGCACAAUCUAUCUUCCGACAGCAAUGACGAAAGGCCUUCUGUUAUGUCUUCUCCAUUUCAAGGCAAUGGAGGAAAAGUGACUGAGGUCGUAACGAGCGGAAGCUUUUCGAAAAAAUGCCAUAAAUUGUCAGUAAACCAGACGUUAGUCCAAGAGGAUGAAUCCCGCGUGCUGAAUGCCAAUGGUAACAAAACGGUCGAUGACGAUGAUGACGACGACGAUGAUCGCUCUGAUACUCACAGCGACAGUGAAAGCGAUACUCCAACCAAAAAAGAGACGCAGAAGCAAAACAAAAAUAAGAAAGCGGCUUUGUUUGCUCGAGUGUUUAUAAAUACGGCCGCCGGAAGUGGUGGUAAGGGAAAGGGUGGCAAGGGUAAAGGUGGUAAGGGUAAAGGACAAGUGUACAUUGACCAUGUGGACGAGCUAAAUGUGGCGAAAAGCAAUGGCACUUCAACGACACCAAAUGCAAACAGCCAAACUGCAACUAGUGCAGAGCAGCGUCGAACUACCCAGCAGCAUCUUACCGUGCCAGAGCUUGCGGGUAAUGUAGACACACCACCGAGACCUUCCUCCGAUACCGGAGAGAGUCGUCCAAACAGUCGAGCAACGGGGGUUAUUGCUGCCGUCUCGCCUACGCUGGACAAGAUGCUCUUCUCACAUACCAGUGGUGCCUUAAGUACUAACAACCUGUCGCUUGUCUGUCGGAUCGAUCUAAGUCGUUUGUUAAAAAUUCCACCGCCACCACCGCAGAACCGAUCGCAGCCUGGGCUGCGGACCCACGAAAGCAACAACGCACACCGCAGUGCCUCUUCGGCGCGUCAGAAGAGUAUUAGCCCUUACGAUCAAUUGCACGGUAAGCGGCGCCGGAAUUCGGUUGGUCAACAAGAACACCAUGAUCGAAGUGGCAGCUCGGUGCACAGUUCCUCCUCAACUCCGAGGCUGUUGGAUGAUCGCCUAACGUACGGCGGUAGUGUUCCUUCCCGUGUUCUUGCGGACGACUGUUCCCCGGUAUUAGAGAAUGGUGGUUCGUUGCGACAUCGGAGCAAUUCCAUAAACAGUGAUCAUAGCGGUGCAGCUCAAAAGGCCAGGGAGUAUCGAGGCGGAAGUGAUGCAGCUUACGGAAACAAUUCACCUUCGAUACACCAGCGGCAUAAUCAUCAAGCUACCUACAAUAAUCAUCAUCAUCUUCUUGGCAGUCAAUCGGAAAUCAAUUCUAGAGGGAGCGAAAUUGAAAAAUACGAUGAAAAGUUGUUGGCCAAAUCCGAGAAGCUCAGCUACGAUGGAGAGCAACAACGCCUAAAAGAAGACAAAGCUAUGUUGUUUGGAAGUAGCCGUAUGGGUAACGGAAAAUAUUCUAGCUAUAGCAGUGUAAUAAAGCAGGAAGGCAAUGCGGGGGCAGGUCAAUCAUUAAUCAAGCAAGAGUACAACAGGGAGGACCUGUUGGUGGAUAGUAAGCUUGGGAAGCAACCUGUGGGACCUGUAAUGACAAACGGUACUGCAGGAGAGGGAGAAUCCAUUGUCCCAUUGGGUGGAAGCGGUCGUAUGCGUAAACGGUCUACUAGUGCCGGUAGUAACAAUACGUAUAAGGAGAAGCGCCGAAAAAAGGAAAAAUCAUCCGCAAAUUUACAGACUGAUCCACUUGACCAACUUCCUCCGACCAAUCAUGAUCGGUUAGAUGAGUGCGCUUCUGGGGCAAAUGCAGGACGUACAGCAAUAUCGACAGAAAGGAGCUCCAUCGCUGGUCAACAGCAUCCGGCAGCAUUGCUUCACAGUAGCUCCAAUCAUCAAAGUCAACAGCAUCUUAUAUCAGUCGGUCCUGGUAAUGGGUUUGAUACAGGCAAUGCACUAAAUAACGAUGGUAACGUUGGACCACCAGUAGAGAUCCCGGUGCAAAUAAAAAAAGUGUACGUGUCGUAUUUCGAGCGCAACGAAGAAGUACCGGAAAUACGGGACCAAAGCCGUUUUCUGUCGGAAGCCAAACGACUAAAGCAUGCAGCUGAUCGGGAGGGAGACCAUUUAGCACAAGCAAUGUUGUACCUGGAAGCCGUGUUGUUUUUCUUGCUCACCGGAGACACGAUGGAGCGGGAUCCGAUAACCGAGAAAGCUGCCUUCACGAUGUACAAAGAUACGCUUUGUUUAAUUAAAUUCAUUUCGUCCAAAUUUCGCAGUCAACUACAAAAUCAAACAGUCCAGGGUAACAUCCAUACUAAGGUGGCCAUUCUGAGUUUGCGCUGUCAAUCGUUGAUUUAUCUCAAGCUGUACAAGAUGCGCCGAAUCGAAAUGAAAGAGACGGCAAAGACAAUCGGCGAGUUUAAUCACAAAACCAGCACAGUACCGGCUGAGUUGGCCAAUGGAAACACUCCAUCACCACUGUCACCAACGUCAGUUGGCUCACAGAGCUCCGGUUACAGCUCUGGUCAGAACAAUCACGUUGGAUCGAUGCCACCGAUGAAUUCGUCCCCUGCCCAAUGCAUUAUUAUGCCAAUAAAUGUUCACAAUGCGUAUCAAAAGCAGACAACAUUGUUUACACACCUAUCCACAUGUCUUGACCUUUGGGAGCAAGCGGACAGCUUAGUUUCACGGGGGAACCAUGUCGAAUUUUUCAUCGAACUAGAUCACGAAAAUGGACCCAUGACGCUACAUAGCUCACUGCACAAUGUCGUAAAGUACGUGCAAGCCGGGAUUCAGAAGCUUCGGCGCAUGUAACAUUGGGCAUUGCUGGUAGAACCGGUGCAGAAGCAGCUAGAACCGUUCUAGCCAGUUUGCUAUAAUUG